AUGAGGCUUGGAAGUAUAAAUGGUUUGCGGUUGAAGCAGCUUAAACUUGUCAUUCUUGCAUUUUUCAUGUUGUUUCUUCUUUGGAAAUGGGAGAAGGGCACAUACUACGAUUCUGAAAUCCUCCAACCAGAUCCAUUGGUUUUGACUCAUCCAGCUAACUCGAAGUUUGCAGAUCAGCAUACAUCCUCAGAAGAAGACUUUCCAAGUGCAGAUCCAUUGCCUCAGUCAGUAGGUAAAGUAGAAAGGCAAGUUACUGGUGCACCACCACCGUUGUCUACGAUAGGCUAUUCUGUUGAUGUUUCCGAUGGAAAUGAAGUGCCACCUCCUGAGAAGAAAGAAUGUAAUUAUAGGAAUGGAAAGUGGGUUUCUGACAAUCGGAGACCACUAUACUCAGGGUUUGGUUGUAAACAGUGGCUUUCAGAGAGUUGGUCCUGCAGAUUAACCCAGCGAACAGAUUUUGCAUAUGAAAAGUUUAGAUGGCAGCCUGAAGCUUGUGAGAUGCCAGAGUUUGAGGCUUCUCAGUUCUUGAGAAGAAUGCAGGAUAAAACCAUUGCUUAUGUGGGUGAUUCUUUAGGGAGGCAGAUGUUUCAAUCAAUGAUGUGUAUGGUCACUGGUGGAAAGCAGAGGCCGGAUGUAGAAGAUGUUGGUGCAGAGUAUGGCUUUGUGUUAGCACCAGGUGCAAAAAGACCAGACGGCUGGGCCUAUCGGUUCCCGAGCACGAAUACAACAAUUUUAUACCAUUGGUCGUCAACACUGUGUGAUUUGGAGCCUCUGAAUCCAGCAGAUAGAGCAACGAGUUAUGCCAUGCACCUUGACCGACCACCUGCUUUUCUGAAGAACAACCUUCACAGAUUCCAUGUUCUGGUUCUUAACACUGGUCACCAUUGGAACCGAGGGAAGCUAAGGGCGAACAAGUGGGAGAUGUAUCUUGAUGGAGCACCAAACAACAACAGGAACAUUGCUGUCAUCUGGAAGGCCAAAAAUUUCACCAUCCACAGUAUCGUCAAGUGGAUGGAUGCCCAGCUCCCUCACCACCCCCAGCUGAAGGUGUUCUACAGGUCAAUAUCGCCUCGGCACUUCUUUAAUGGGGAUUGGAACACCGGAGGCAGCUGUGACAACACAAACCCUUUGGCCAAGGGAAGUGGCAUUCACCUCAACCAUUCCGAGGAUGGUGACGCCGAGGGUGCAGUGAGGGGUACCAGGAUCAAGCUUCUGGAUGUCACUGCCCUGUCACGUUUGAGGGACGAAGGGCAUAUAUCAUGGUAUAGUAUCAAGGCCACGCCGGGCGUUCAAGAUUGCUUGCACUGGUGCCUUCCUGGCGUAUCCGAUACAUGGAAUGAGAUCCUCGCAGCCCAGCUAUAG